ACUCGUACCAAAAACUUGAUAAUGUGGAAUGCAUUUACUCCCCACCAUCUAGAUCCUGGGUAGCCGUCAAUCCGCUUGCAUAACGUAUCAGGAUCCUACAGCCGGCACAACGAAUUUAAAGUGUACACCACAUUUACAUACACAUGUUUUAGAAAUCGCAUCACCACUGAACCGAUGAUCCAUCUCUAGGAAAGAGAUAUGAAUUAUCUUUAUCAGGACGGCCAUCCGUCGACGCCGCUAUGACGUCAAACAGCCCCAUCGCCCCACGCCGUUGCAAAUGUUUUUGCAACAUAUGUAUGUUACAAAGAAGGAUUCUACAACAAUGUCUUCGUUGCAAUGAUGAGAAAAAAAAAUCCAUGCCGCUGCAUAACGCUGAUCGACUGUUGAGGGGACGGAUCUUUUAAAUGGAUCAACCGGCCGACGUCGUAGCAGCGAACACGAGCCCAGACGGUCCCUGUCAGUCCGAGUUUGAAUAGAAUUCCACCACUGAAUCGUAUCCGUGUAAUGCGGUAAUGCGCGUCUUGUGCGUCCGUCUAUAUAUACAUUGGCAUACGCAUACGCAUGCGGCUUGUGAGAUCAGAAAGCAGAACCAAUCCCUACCUCCCUCCGUCUAGCAGCUAGCAAGCAGCUUCUAGUCGCCGAUCUGCACCAGUUUUCUCGCCGAAACAUGGGAUGGUCGACGUCAACAUCGCCGGGCGUGGCCGCCCUAGAAAACGCGGCCACGGCCACACCGGCAGCGCGCAAGAAUCAAGGAACACCGGCCGCAAACGGCGACUCCAACUCCCCAACACGCAGCCGCUACCACCGGCUGGAGGUGCUCGGCGCCGGAACCUACGGCGUCGUCUACCGCGCUAGGGACCGCCGCACGGGAGAGAUCGUGGCGAUGAAGUGCCUCCGGACGAACGGCGCUCACGGCGGCGACGUCGACCGCUACCUCUCCGACUUGGCGAGCGAGGUCGGCGCCCUCGAUGCCUGCAGCGGCCACCCGUCCAUCGUGCAGCCGCGCGCCUCCGGCCACCUCGGCGGCGAGGCCUUCCUCGCCAUGGAGUUCGUGGGGCCGACUCUCAGGCAUGUCAUGAAGCAUGUCCGCUUCGGCAGGAGGCACACCGAGCUGGAGGUCCGCCUGCUCAUGAGGCAGCUUCUCGCCGGCGUGCGGAGGAUGAAUCGUCUCGGCCUCAUGCACCGCGACCUCAAGCCGGAGAACGUGCUCGUCGACGGCCAUGGGAACCUCAAGAUCUGCGACCUGGGGCUGUCGUGCAGCAUGGCCGAUGGGCCGCCCUACUCCAACCCCGUCGGCACACGGGGAUACCGCGCGCCGGAGAUCCUCCUCGGAUGCACCGAUUAUGACGAGCAUGUCGACUCGUGGGCUCUCGGGGUCAUGAUGGCCGAGCUCCUCGCCGGCAAGCACCCUUUCCAUGGGAGGUCAGACACGGAGCACCUCAGCGAAAUCUUGGACCUUCUUGGCAUGGCUGACAUGAAGGAGUGGUCGGGCUACGACGGGAGGCGGCUACCCGGCGGAUGCCAACCAGGAAGCUUUCUGCGCAACAAGUUCCCAUGUCCAGCUGAGGCCAGGAUCAAAGGCCCGCCGGCGUUGUCGGAGGCUGGUUUCGAGGUCUUGAGCGGCCUCUUGCGAUGCAACCCCGAGAAGAGGCUCACGGCGGAGCAAGCACUCAAGCAUCGAUGGUUCAAGGAAACCAACCCGAGACCGAGAGAUACAAGCAGGAGGUGAUCAAUGAGAGUACACAAUCUAGUCUACAACGGCAUCGGAUUCAUGUAAACUAGAGAUGCAAACAUUGUAGUAUGUGAUUUGAACGAAUGAGUACAUGUAUAUGAGGUGUGAGAUAAAGAAGCAGAAAUUGUUCAUGUGGAUCACCAUUUUUAGUGUGGUUUCUUGCUCUUUGU